UCAGUCCGGAUCUAGACUGCAUCGUUAUGACCUGGGUUGUCGCUUGUAUAUUCAUCUAUCAGGCGGUCACUGUCCUGUCACAAAGGCCAUUCUCCGGUCCGUGCCCUAAACAUGCCGCGCAGGAAGGUUUCGAUAUGGGAAGUUUUUUAGGAGUUUGGUACGAAAUCGAGAAGACUUCACUAGUUCAAGACGGUGUUCGUUGCAUAAAGACUAAGUAUAUAAAGACCAAUGAUGGGAAAUUAACUCUGACCACCACUGGUAUCAAUUUGCUUGGUAUCGAACAGAGUUCUAGAGGAGAAGCUGUACUGGAAUCGCUCGAUCCAGCGACAUUAUUGGUCCAAUAUAAUACAAUUAUAGGUCUUCCCGUAUCUACGACAUUAAAGAUUUUGGAUACAGAUUAUAAAAAUUAUGCUGUGGUAUGGUCGUGUUCGCCGGUUUUGGGACCUUUAGGGCAUACAGAAAAUUUAUGGCUGUUAUCUCGAAAAACGUCGAUGGAUCCGGAUGUCAGAAAAACGUUGAUGGAAAGAUUGACAACGUUGAAUAUUGAUCACGAAGGACUUCGAACUAUCAGUCAUCAAAAUUGCACAUGAAUAAUUUAUUACUUGUUUAAUAAUAAUGGCGACGUGACAUUGAUAACUUAUUAAAUAUUCAUAACAUCUUUAUGUAAACUCGAAGUGAUUAAA